UCGCACACGCGCGCGUCGCUCCUCCGAAGACUCGAUCGGACCACGAGAGCCACGGUGAUACUCUCCCGGAAUCGCAUUCAGUGUCGUACGCUGACCGUCACCAGACGUCUGGCUCAUUUUCGCAUUCAUUACCGCUUAAGUCCCGUCGAUCGUCUUUUUUCUUUUUCCUCUUCCAUUAUAUACAUAAUAUUAAUAUAAAUUAUAUAUCAUUAUUUAUCCUUUUCUCUGUCGCUCCGUUCUCCACCGACCGGUGUUACCUACUCUGUUGAUAAGACAUUAUAGCCAUGGCCGCGACGGUUUCCAACGGCAACGGUACUGAUGUGGUGAGCUUACUAAAAAAGAACAAACCUCCGGCACUAAAAAAACUGUCGUCUUGGAAGGACGAAAAUGACUUUGACGAUACGGGCAACACAAAAACACCUAGAACUUCCACCACGCCGGGUAAGAUGCCGGGUCACGAGAACUGCACGUUUCAUCAUGACUUAGAGCUGGACCACAAGCCUCCUACCCGUGAAGCCCUUUUACCGGACAUGACUGACUCAUAUAAAAUGCUUUUGAGCGCGUUGGGAGAGAACCCCGAGCGUCAAGGGUUGCUGAAGACUCCGGAGAGGGCUGCAAAGGCAAUGCUGUUCUUUACGAAAGGCUACGAUCAGACGCUGACAGACGUUCUUAAUGAUGCGGUAUUUGACGAGGAUCAUGAUGAAAUGGUUGUGGUGAAGGACAUUGAAAUGUUUAGUAUGUGUGAACAUCAUUUAGUUCCAUUUUACGGAAAAGUUUCGAUUGGAUAUUUGCCGAAAAACAAAAUUUUGGGCCUCAGCAAACUUGCACGCAUCGUGGAGAUGUUCAGCAGAAGACUUCAAGUUCAAGAGCGAUUAACUAAACAAAUUGCUGUGGCUGUCACUCAAGCCAUUCAGCCUGCUGGAGUUGCCGUAGUCAUUGAAGGAGUACACAUGUGCAUGGUCAUGAGAGGCGUGCAAAAGAUAAACAGCAAAACCGUCACGUCCACCAUGUUGGGAGUGUUCAGAGACGACUCAAAGACACGUGAAGAAUUUUUGAACCUAGUCCAGUCAAAUUGAAUUUUGUCAAAACAGCAUCAACAUUACAUUCACAAAACAUUACAACAGCGAAUCUUUAUAAUCCUAAUGGAUUACUAUUAUCAUUCGUACAUAUAUACUUAAAUAAUUUAUAAAUAUAUAUGUAUAGCGUUACAUAAACUUAUUAGUCACUCACUUACGUAUACACAAAAAAAUAAAUAUCUACUGGAAUAUGUGUGCACACUUCUGAUUAAAGCACAUAAUAUAUAUUAUUCACAUAAAAGGCUGGGCUUUAAAAUUAUUAAAAAAAUAUCAGUUAAUUGUUAUUAAC